CUGAUCGAUUGAUUAAGGAUGUCGACUUUACUGGCAGUUUUCUCCUUGAUAGGCCUUGGUUUAUCGGUUCCAACAGGUCAUAUCUAUGAUAAUGCUAUGGCUAGGAAACUGUUUCUGAGGGGCGAUAGAGAUCAUGAUUUGAUUCUAAGUAGAAGUGAUUUUGAACAGAUAUUCAGAACAUUUGACCUGGACGGCAACCAUAAGAUCAGUGGUGUAGAGUUUACGGGUCACUGGACUACUGAGAAACUAGGAAAUAUUAAAGAUGCUACACACCUAUUUUAUAAUCUAGAUGUAAAUAAAGAUGGCUAUAUCACACAGUCACCAGAUCUCCCUUUUGUUUAUAACUGGUUUGAUUCUGACAGCAGUGGUCAAAUAAGUGAAGGUGAAUUCAUCAUUAUGUGGCAGAAGUUAACCGCUUGGAAAUAAGGGUUCAAGCGAUAGUGGUAGAAGAAAUGCUGACCAAUAAACUCUAUUAAUCAGAUUUAUUGUAAUGUGCU